UUUACUUUACUGUUCUAAUGGCGUCCUCACUCUCUCUCAAGCGCCUCAUCUCCUCCAACCUCGUCCCCAAAUCCCUCUCCGCGCCUAUUCUCCAUAUCUCCGACUCCGCCGCUUCCAGGUCCUUCAGCGCCGAUGCCGCCCAACCUCACGGCGGCGCCGACGUCCACUCCGCCCCAGUCGUGGUAUUGUUCCAUGCCAGUGGGCUGACCUGUAACCAAUGGCGGAAACUGAAGAACCUCUUGAACCCCGGCAAAACCCUAUUUCGUCCGAGCAUCAGCGAGCCUGGGACCAAGAAGAAAUUCUUCCAACAGCUUAAUCACAGCGCGGGUCCCACUUGCGUCCUGUAUUUGCCCGAAGGAGCUUCGGAGAAAUUGAACUUGUUGCCCUCCGGCUCCGGGGACGCCGUGGACCAAGAUUUUCUGUUGUUGUACGGCCAAUACAAAUCCAAUUUGGUGGAUCAUAUUGAUGUGGGAAAAGUUUCUGAAUUUGAUGAAAUGGAAACUUCUCUCUUCAAUUUUUAUCUGCCAAGCUCGUAUCUUUGUUCGGUUCUUGACCCGGCUUUCGCAAACAAGGAGGGUGAGCAAAUGGCUGGUUCUGAAGGUCCUCAGGCCUCAGCAGAGCAAAGCUGACAUGGAGGAUGGUGAAGAACGCAUAUGCACAUAAUCUUCAUCAUGCUUGAAAUAACAGAAUUGGCUUAGGCAUCUGAUCCUGAAAUGGGCAUUCAAAAGCUUCAGUUCUGGAGUAUCUCCAUUUUUAACAAGACACAUUGCAGAGGCUUAUUCUUCUAGUUUUCUGCAGUAGUCUCACAUUUGGAGACUUUUUUAAUUCUGCCCAUAUGUUCUAGGCCAAGUUGUCUAAACUCACUUGCUUUGCAAAUUAGGGUGAUACCAACCACGUGGGAGCCUCCUAGGUGGCCUGUAUUUGCAGAUCUUCUCAAAUUUCGAACUGUGCAUACAUUGGACUCCUUGGCGAGGAUGAAACUAAACGUUCAGUCUGUAGAAAAGUGCGCAAUAAUGUAGAAAAUUGGGUGUGCAUAAAAAAAAAUCAUUACAAAAUUGGAGUUUUUUCAUCUCUGCACUGUUUGAUGGCAAGUGUACCAAAAUAGGACUUAUGAUCGUUGAUAUAUAAGGUACAUGGGUGUGUUGGAA